CUCUCCGUGCUGCGGCUCUUAAAGGAGACGCAUCCUGAGCGGAACCGGUUUCCACCAAAGAAACGUGAGGUUUGCUGUCGCUUUAAGAAGACAAUAAUGUUCAAUGUUUGUAAAAUAAUAUUCUUCAUAUUACGUGAUAUUUUUUAACAAUAACAGAUCUAAUGCAACAGCCGUGUAGUGUCGCUCAUUUUAUCAUUAGCCAGCGAACAUAACUUGGUCCCACCGGAGCAAGGCCUUCUUCUGUGAUCUUCAUUUUUAUAUUUUCACAUCUAACUGAGUAGGAAACGUGCGUGAGGCUCUUGACAGUCGAACUACAGCGACAUGGACUCGGGGGAGGACGAGGUUUCGGCUCCUCGUCCCGGGGUCGAGAAAACCGGAGACCCCGAGGAGGCCCCGAGCUCAUCCGCGGACUCGCUUGAAUCGCCCAGCGGGAGAAGGGGACGCAGAGGCCGCGCUGCAGCUGCAGGGACCGUCCCGGACCCUCGGUCUCCUGCCGGAGGCUCCGUGCGUGUUUUGCGAGCCCGAGGAGAUGCAGCUGGCGCCGCUGCGGGGUCGGAGGAUCGUGGCGACUGCACGAAAAAACCCGCAAGUCCGCUCCGGGGACGUGGGAGACGAGCAGGAUCCCGCUCCCGACAUUCACCCGUCACACAAAGUGCCACAAAGAAAUCCACAGACAGAAAAGCCUCCUCUCUCAGACCCAAGCCGUCCAAACCUGGAAAGGGCAAAGGGAGAACCCGAGCCUCACACACCACAGCAGCAGCAGGCAAACCUGAAGCAGGGAUGGAGACUCCAUCAUGUGGGGAGGACUUGGAGGACAGCAAUGUCAACCUUGCAGAUGCAGACACAGCUGUCGGCGAGGACCCUCUAUACAGUGAUGACCCAGAUGACCUCAUCUGUCAACCCGACACAAAGAAGAAGAGAUCAAGGCAGUGUGCAAAGUUACAACAAGAGGAAGUCAAAAAAGAGGAGUCAGAGGGGGAGGAGGAAGAAGAAGAAGAAAAUAACGUCAUAAAGGAAGAAACAACUGAGAUUGUGGCGCAAAUUGAGGAUGGAGAGGUUGACAACACAGAGCCAACCAGGAAACGAGGUCGACAGCACAAAGAUAGCAAUGCCCCUCGGCAGCCAAAGCGAAGGAAAAAGCCCCCAGUGCAGUAUGUCCGCUGUGAAAUGGAAGGCUGUGGUACUGUCUUAGCCCACCCACGCUACCUACAGCACCAUAUAAAAUACCAGCACUUGCUAAAAAAGAAGUAUGUCUGUGAUCACCCUUCAUGUGGGCGCUUGUUUCGCCUGCAGAAGCAGCUGUUGCGCCACGCCAAGCACCACACAGACCAACGGGACUACAUCUGUGAGUUUUGUGCUCGUGCCUUCAAGAGCUCCCAUAACCUCGCUGUGCACAGGAUGAUCCACACAGGAGAGAAACCUAUACAAUGUGAGAUCUGUGGCUUCACCUGCCGUCAGAAGGCCUCCUUAAACUGGCACAUGAAGAAACACGAUGCAGAAGCCUCCUACCAGUUUUCUUGCUCUGUUUGUGGCAAAAAGUUUGAAAAAAAAGACUCUGUUGUUGCGCACAAGGCCAAGAGCCACCCUGAGGUGCUCAUAGCUGAGGCUGUUGCAGCUAAUGGUGGUACGGUAAUAAGAUGUUCCACCCCGGGCACAGAGAAUGUCCCUGUCCUCACCCAGCCUAAACAGCCCUCUGUCAGCCAGGAGAUCAAAGAGCUUCAGCAGAGCCAGGUGAUCCAAGAGAGCCAGGAGGACGCCGUGGGUAGUAAUCUCACUCAGCUGCAGCAAGUGGUGCUCCCAUUUACUCCACAGACUCAACUAGACGUGUCUCAAGGCCAGUUGCUCCAACUGCCGACGCAUCAGGUGGUGCAGGUAGCACACCAGCAGCAGGCCCCUACUUUGCUGCACCUCACCGCUGCUCCUCUCUCUCACCUCUCCACCAACAGCCACCCGCAGCUCAUCCAGCUCCCUGCCCUUCCCGCCAGCACCACCGCAUCUAUGACCACCGUGGGCUCCCAGAGCACCCUCCUCACCCUCAGCUCCGUCACCACCCUGGCCUCCCAGCAGGCUGUGCAGUGGGGCAGGGAGGCGGCAGAAGUUGCACCGCUGCCUGGGGAGGGCGAGCUGUGGGAAAAGGUGAUUGUGGGCGGGGACCACCAGGAUGUUGGGGACAUGAUUUGGGAGAGCUGCAGGGAGAGGAGGAAGGACGACGAGGGGGUUGUCUGGGAGCGGGAAGGAGAGAGACAGAUUCUGUUGCAGUGUGCAGAGAUUCACGGAGAUAAUUUAAUCUAGAUAGACGGCUCGAGAAUGAUGAACUUCAUGGAGGGAAACUGAAAGGACACAAGACUGAAGGAAAUGUUUAUGCAAAUUCAAGAAAUAGCAAUUUAUCUCCAUGGAGUAUAUAAUAGCAGACGCAUACAGUUACAGAACUACUUCAUGUCAGGGAAUAUGAUUAAAUAUGUAGAUUAGUGAUGCUUCUUUCACCACUUAAUUUGAGUAUUUUAGAACUUUAACGUUGUCACCCUGUGUUUGUAUAGAUAUAUGUAUGUUAAAAAACAUUUUAGAUUUAAAGAUAAUGUACAGGAAAGUCCAAAAUGACAUUGACAUUUAUUUCCACAUAGUAGCCCUGCUAUCUUUAUCUUUAUUUUAAUCUUUAAUCUAUUUACAGAGUGAAAUGAGUGUCCUGAGGUUAACUCCAGCACUAGCUACUUAGAACAUCCAGAAAAAUAUUCCCUACGAGCAACAACUACAACCAAAUGAGGUUAGUGAGGUUUUGACAAGAACAAAUUACAGACAAAAUACAAAAUAAGCAGCUUUAAAGUUCUUACAUUGAAAGCCAGCCAUUGUUUAUUUUAUUAUUUACCUCCAUGCUUUACCUACUGUCACAUGCCAAAAUGUCUAAUGUCCAAAAUAUCUAUAUCGUCAUCCUCAUUUGAUAGUAUUUAUUCACCAGUGUCACAUUUUCCAUCCAAACAGUAAUUUAUGCAUUGUCAGGAUUAUACAGGCAACAGUAUUUUGAUUUAAAAAAAGAAACGUUCGGAAUUCUCUCAUAGAUGAGCUCAAUUGUUUUUGUUAGAAAUGUUUAAUAAGAAAAUAUACCUCUGUACACUGCCACUACUACUGAGUAAUCGUCGGCUUAAUUUAUCCAAAAUUAUGUUCAGAAUAAAUGAAUUAUGUGCUGAA